UUUUAAAAUAAUUAUUAAACAGAAAAAUGUCAAACACUGGAAGGGAAGUAGAGAGCUCAGAGUCCUGUUCGCUUUCGAGAUUUGGAUUUUAAUUUUUAAAUCUCUCUCUUUGUGGCAUUGGGUUGAGGAAGCAAUUUAUCAAGUUUGGUUGGGUAGGUGUAAAAGGAAGUUCAUUUUUCUUAGCUUUUACUCUGAUUUGAUUGAAUAUGGGUGAGGAAGAAACAAAGAGUGAAGUUCCGGAGGUGGCGGAAAAUGGGACGACUAACCUGGUGGACAAACCAGCACAAGCUGUGGUUGAGAAAAAAGAGAUUAAGGAAAAUAAAGGAGUAAAAGAAAUGGAAGAAGAUACAAAAGAUGAUGGAGUGGAAGAAACUGAAGAGGAAAAGAAAGCUGAUGCGGGGAAAGAAAUAGAGGAAGAUAAGAAAGGUGCUGAGAAAGUUGAGACUGAUAAAAUGGAGGAAGACCCAGAAGUCAAGGAAGAUAUGGAAAAACAAGAGGACAAAGGAACCGAGGAACCAAAAACCGAACCUAUCAAAGAAGAAAAUGGUUCAAAAGAAAAUGAGGAGAAUGAUGAAAAGAAUGGUAAGGAAGAGAAGGUAACUGAGAAGGAUGAUGAGGCAAAGGAGGAAGACCAGAAGGAAGAAGAAAGUAAACAGUUGAAAGGAUCAACAAAGCGUGGGAAAGAGAAGAGUGGGUCGAAAGUUAAAGGAAAGAAGCCAAAGGUAGUAAAUGAGAAGGGGCCUGAGCAAAGGACUCCUGUUACUGAUCGCCCUGUGCGUGAGCGGAAGUCUGUUGAAAGGCUUGUGGCUUCCAUUGAGAAAGAUGCUGUAAAGGAAUUCCAAAUUGAAAAGGGACGUGGUACGCCAUUGAAAGAUAUUCCUAAUGUGGCGUUUAAGUUAUCUCGAAGGAAGACUGAUGACACCUUCAGACUGCUUCAUACAAUUCUCUUUGCAAGAAGGGGAAAGGCAUUUCAGGUGAAAAGCAACAUAUCUCGUUUUUCUGGGUUUGUGUGGCAUGAAAAUGAGGAAAAGCAAAAGAGCAAAGUGAAGGAAAAAUUCGACAAGUGUAACAAAGAGAAGUUGCUUGAAUUCUGUGAUGUGCUAGACAUUCCAAUUUCCAAGAACACUAGGAGGAAGGAAGAUAUUGUCACGAGUCUGAUAGACUUUUUGGUGGCUCCUCAUGCCACAACCACUGAGCUGCUCGCUGAGAAAGAGUCAAGAGCGAGCAAGAAGCGCAAGAGGGUAGGAAAACAAAAUUCAUCAACAUCAGGGAGCACACCUUCAAAACGUUCAGCAAAGAGUCAAAGAAAGACUGAAGAUGCUUCAAAGAAGAAGAUUACCUCAGACUCUGAGGAGGAGUCUUCUGAAGAAGAGGAGGAAAAGGAAGAAGAAACUGAAGAAGAGGAAAAAGAAGAAAAUGGUGUUCCUGAGCCUUCUGAUGAUGAGAUGCCUGAGCCUUCUGAAAGUGAGGACAAAAGUGAGUCUGAGAAUGAAUCUGAAGAAUAUGUGGGGAAACGCAAACGAAGCUCAAAGACCCCAACUAAAAAGAAGGAAUCUGCUGGAAAAGCUAGGACCAAGAAAGUCUCAGUUACUAGCAAGUCCAGUCCACCACCAAAAAGAACACCAAAGAAAGCACCAUCUAAAGGAUCUAAGGCUGAUGAAGACAGUGAUACCAGCCCAAAGGUAUUCUCAAGAAAGAAGAAAAAUGAAAAGGUCACCAAGGAAAAGGCUUCAACUCCUACAAAAAAUACUCCGAAGGAAAAAUCUGGAAGAAAAGCUGCAAAAGGUAAGGAAAAAGCUAAGGAGGAGAAAGUGAGGCCAAGUGAUGAGGAUAUGAGGGAUGCAAUAUGUGAAAUUCUUAAGGAAGUGGACUUCAAUACAGCUACCUUCACCGACAUUCUGACACAACUUGCUGCACGAUAUGACAUGGAUCUCACUCCAAGGAAGUCAUCUAUAAAGCUGAUGAUCCAAGAAGAGCUCACCAAACUAGCCAGUGAGGGAGAUGAUGAAGACGGGGAAGGCGACGUCGAGAAAGAUGAAACCCAGUCUGCCGGCCAAGAGGUUGAAGCCUGAUGAUCAUCAAAUGAGGACUCGACUGCAUGAAAAUAUUGUGGCUAUUUAUGUCGUUUGGUCCCUCUUUUGAGUUUAGUUGUACACCAUGUAAUGUUUAGUCUGUUUACUUAAAAGCUGGCUGUAAUUUAUUAUUAGCAUUAAUUUGCUGGGGAUUAAGCUAGAGAUUAGUGGAAACUAGAGGAGAUGGUGGUAACUCAAAGCCUUUUGUGCUGCAGAAUUGCCGCAUGUUGUGUACACAAUAACAUAAUCUGUAGGAAGUCUAACUGACCUUUUGUGGAGUAAAAAACUUAAGACGUUCACUCUGGUUUCAUGA